AUGCCAUAUGCUGACUUGCUACCAUCCUUGAUCACCAACCAGAUGGUGGUGGUGAAUCCCGAGAAGAUCUACCAAUCUCCCUUCCCUCGAUGGUACAACCCUAAUGCAACUUGUGCCUAUCAUAGGGGUGUCCCGAGGCAUUCAAUUGAACAAUGUGUGACCUACAAACAUGAGGUCCAGAGUUUGAUUGACGCAGGGUGGUUGACAUUUCAAGAGGACAGCCCGAAUGUAAGGACGAAUCCUUUUUCCAAUCAUGGGGGAUCAGCGGUUAAUGUGGUAGAGGAGUGUGGACCUUGGGGGUUGAAGCAGAUGGAAGAUGUGUUAACCUCUAGGAGGUUCAUAUCGGAAGCACUGUGCGAAGCGGGCAUGAUUUGCCUUAACGAGGACAAGGGAGAUUCUUGUUUGAUACAUCCAGGAGCAUCACACGAUGUAGAGGCAUGCUCGGUGGCAAAGGACCUUCUACAAAGGAUGAUGGACAAAGGCCUAAUUAAGCCCCGAGGUCUCCAGCCUAUCCCAAUUGAGAAACCUACGCCGCUCCCCUACAAGAGCAACAAGGCGGUGCCAUGGAGAUACACCGCACAGGGACCCGAUGGAAGGAAAGACGCAUCCGUCGUGCACGUUAAAGAUGACCUAUCCUCCGCUAAGGUCACAAACAUCUCUAGCACGAGCAGCAUGACUCGUAGCGGGUGGAUCUUCACAGCACCCGAGCCACCAGUGCGAUCCAAGGACCCAAAGGGGAAGGCAAAGGUGGGCAUAGAAGAGAGCAAUAAGCAGAACGAGUUCAAGGUAAUUGAACAACUGAAUAAAACCCCAGCUAGGAUCUCUCUGUUGGGCCUACUUAUGAACUCCGAGCCUCAUCGAGCGCUAUUGGUCAAGAUUUUGAACGAAACCCAUGUAGCCCAAGACAUAUUUGUGGAAGGUUUCGGGGGCAUAAUCAACAAUAUCAUGGCCAAUAAUUACCUCACAUUCGCUGAUGAAGAAAUACCCGUCGAUGUAUCCGUCAAAUGUUUGGACCAUAUAGUGGCCAAAGUGCAUAUUGACAAUGACUCUUCCCUCAAUGUCAUGCCCAAGGCUACUUUGGACAAGUUGUCUUUUAAUGCAUCACACCUAAGGCCAAGCUCCAUGGUGGUGCGGGCUUUUUGA